GGUUGGGCUGGCAAAUGGCGCUUGCUCGUUUCGUUUGUGUUGUGACGUAAUUUGGCAGAUGAGAUGGCGUUUUAAGUUUGUCUCGCGACUGAAUAAUAUGGCAUCUGUGCACCGCACUUUAUGCGAACUUGUGUUUGUUCAAACUGCGUAAUGCGUUUAUCUAAAAAUAUUUAUGUUUUCCACAGGCUGACAUGUGAGUGACAUGCGUUCGAACUUGCGGCUCAGAGGCUGGAAGUGCUCUUAUCAGUCGACACCCAACAUUCAUGAGGCAGUGGAUAAUGAGUAUUCCUGGCACCUUCACCAAAAUGCCAUGACACCAUGCAGAAGUCUAAGGAGUAGAUGGGAGGACCCGGUGAGAGGAAGACGAACACCUCCUUUUUUAUCUGGCUUCACAUCAUUUGAUGAAUCAUGGAGAUCAGAACACACACCCAGUCCUUUUUUAUUCCUGGGCCGGACACGCAGUGUCCCUGAAGCUCUCCAUUGCUUCAGUAGACCCACUUUACGUUCAAGCUUCUCCUCGAUCUCCAUCACCGCCCGGAGUUUGUCUCCAAAAAGGGAUUGUACGCCUCAUUCAAGCUCAGCAUUUAGCCCUCUAAACAUGCCUGACAGAGUGCCCUCUUUCAUGGCCCGCAGUGAAAAUAAAAUUGCUGGCACUCCGAUGCUUUCUAAACACAAAGCAGUUGUGGUGACGGUGGACGAGAGCAGUGAACAUCAUUGUGCUAACGAGACCCCCAGCAGCCCCCAAGCUCCGCCUGGCCACAGGCACAGCUACACCAUGGAAGGUGAGGAAACAGACUCUUCACCCCCUUUAAAACGUCAUAUCUUCCGCUCCUGCGUCCAUCUGGAGCUCCUACCAUCCAAUCUGUCCAGGUCUACUCUGUACUUGGACAAAUCCCUCUCAAUCCCUCUAAGACAGACUUUGUAUAGAUCCACUCUGUCCCUUUCCCUUGGAAAACCAUCUUUUACUCAGAACCCUGAGAAACCCAGGACGAUGAUUCAACCUAAAAUGUCCUACAGUGACUGGGACAUGGCUAACGUUGGCGUUGAUGGAACAGAAAGGCCUUCCCAGCACCUGAAGGAUAGUUCAACCAUCAAUGGCAGCACCUUUAAGAAUAAUGCUGGCUCCGGCUCCGACACACGGUGUUCUACUUUAACAUCAUUGCCAUUCAGAACAAGGUGCCACUCAUCUUCUGCCGCCUUCAGACUGAAUGGAAAGGCUAAUGAUGUCUUAGGGCCUCUGCAGAGCAAUCUAAGAGCCAGACAGGCAUUCAGCAAACCAUCAGAGCCAAUUUUGAAUAAAAUGGUGGACUCCCCUGUGAUAAUCAAGAGCUCGAAUGUGCUCAGUGUGAAACGCCUUGAAAAUGCAACAUCUUACUCUGACUUAGAGGAUCAAAAGACAAGAUCUUCCAAAAGAACUGGAGUCCCUCAGGCAUGUGAAAGGGCCCCUCUUGAGGUCAGAACAGUUUUCCACACUGCAGAGAAAGUCAGGAGACUUAUUGAGUGCCCGGUCUCUCCUCAUCUGACUAAUUGCACCUGUGGGUCCAGGACUGACCAGCAGGCCACUAAACCCCAGUCACUUAGCUUAAGGGAGGCUCUUGAGCUGUUUCGGCCAGAUUUCAUCUCUCGCUCUCAGAAUCGGCUUCGGCGAAUAGAACUGAGGGCCAGGGAGAGGCGGAGCUUACAAACAGCAGAAUUUAUCAUGGGCGUGGAGACGGCUAACCGGAGGCGGAACUGCACCAAGCCACACCCACUUAGUGAUAACCUUUUCAAACCCAGGGACAGAGCCAUCUCAGGCAAGGAGAUGCAAUGGAGAUCCAGACGGAUUUACAACAAACUCCCCGAGGUGGCCAGAAAGAAGGAGGAGGAGAGGAAGAGACUAGUGUCUGAAACCAACAGGCUGAGGGCAGAGGUCUUCAAAAAGAAACUUUUGGAUCAGAUUCUUCAAAGACACAGUGACUGAGGGAAGUGCCUGUUCACAAGAUUCAUAUCCCCCGCGCUCUCCUUGCCUGAGGCAAAGAACUGAAGACAAGCAAGACCUUUGCAGCUCCCUCCUGAGAGCAGAGAGCAGAGCCUGGCUUUCUGAUGCAUUGUUCCAAAUAUAAAACACCUUUUACCAGACCUGGGGUGAAUCCACAUGAUAUAUUGACACACUUCCAUGCACUGCUGUGUCCUUGCUGUGUGAUAAGUAUUUUUAAAGAGAUCAUGUUUGAUAAUACAAUAUAAGAUUGCUUAUAAGACUCUAGACCUGAUUGGAGGCACAUCCUGAUUUUGCUGAGUUAGAUGUGUUCCUGGGUCAACAUAUUUUGUUGAUCCUGGAACAACAUUCCUGUCCGAAAAUUUAGUCCUAACCCUACCCAUAACUUGUCUUUAAAUCAGAGGGAAAUGUUAGGUGAAUAACACUUAUGUAAAAGCACCUAGCCCUGAUUGAAAGCCUAAACUUGACAUAAACUGUAAUCUUGUCCCUCAAAUCUGAUUUGUUGAAUGGAAUGUUGUUCCAGGAUCAACAAAGAUGUUGAUCCAGGAACAUGUUGUGCUUGGCGAAAUCGGGUUCUGCUAAUUGCACUCUGUUUUCUAUUGAAAAUGUACUCUGUCAGAUAAACACUUCUGAAUUUAGUGUGUUGCACUAAUUAAAAUGUAGUUUUAAAUUA